GUGGUAUUUCUGUGAUUUCUUAGCGUAUGUAGGGCUCAUUCUGCGACACAAUGUAUCGUAAAUUCCUGUACAGUAUAGUCAUAGUGAUAAUCUUACAUAUUACAAUCACUGAAGGCCAAUCUUAUGAAGAUAAGCGGUGUAAAUGCAUCUGCCCGAGCUUCAAAACUGUAGACAACACCACGCAAGAGGGCACCGACCGGAUGCUGAUCAUCGAUAAUGUACCCCCAAACAAAUGCAACUGCGAUGGGGUCAUCCUGCCCCGGCUAGCGAACAAGAUUAAGGGAAAGGGGCAGGAGAUCUGUCCGCGGUGUGACUGCAAGUACGAGAAUCGCAACACGACCAUCAUAAAGGUCGUUGUAAUCAUAGUGAUAUGGAUCAUUUCUCUGCUCGUCAUCUACAUGCUCUUCCUGAUGUGCCUAGAUCCUCUGCUAAACAAGCGCGUCAAAGCUAACUACCAGGAGCACACGAACGAAGAUGAUGACACGGCAGUGACCGUUGGCAACGGGCAGGAUAUGCAUGUGCGUGAAAACAACGUGCUGAAUCGGGUCGGCCACCAGCAGGAUAAAUGGAAGCGACAGGUGCGGGAACAGCGACGUAAUAUAUACGAUCGGCACACUAUGCUAAACUGAGACUGGAAUGCGCGUGGAAAAACGAAUCCAUCACACGAAUGUGCGUAUAAGAAAAAAAGCGGGGCAGUUGAGAUCUCGUGCAUGGACCAUGUGGCACCAUUCUUAAAUCCCGAGGAUCUGGUACUUUUAGACGAAUUCCAUACCAAAAGACGAUGAGUGAACACAAUUUUGUGGUAUGCAUGUAGGUUUUUUGGCAAGCAUGUAGAGAAAUAAAUCAGUAGCCAAAUAACUAUUGGAACCGUUAAUCAAGGGUCACAAAAAUUUUACUAAUCGAAAGUAUCGAAUCUAAAUUGUGCGGUCAUUAUCAAGGAUAAUCUUUACUUCAUUCUGUUAGUCGAUUUGUCUCUUUCCCUUUCAAUUAACCGCUGUCGCCUUAUAUCCUAUUUUCCUUUCCUUAUUUUUGCCUACCCGUCACUCUUAUCGUUUAGGUAAUUUAAAGUUAAAUUGGUUCAAUUUAAGAAAGCAAAUUGUAAUCACAUUACGACUCUUGUAGCGCAUAGUAUAAAGAAAGUUUGCUACAUAUGAAAAAAAAGUGUAAAAAAGAUUUUUCCUGCCUCCUGUGAGAAUCGAACUCACGACCGCUGGUUUACAAGACCAGCGCUCUGCCUACUGAGCUAAAGAGGCGCGUGUUAGGUGGGAGUUCACAUUCGUAAAAAAAUCCAGCUCUUUCGUUGUCCAUGGCAUUUGCCAACCAUAAUCAAGCCAUUGCAGUAUAUAUAAAAGGAAAAUUAUGCUUAUGUAAUAUUGUCAGGAUAAUAAUCGCCGUGAUAUUCAUGCCUUUGAUUACAUCACAUGUACAUGAAAGCUGAAUUAAUAAAAUGA